AUGGCUCACACCUUACAUGGGCCGAUGAAGUUGUCGGAUGUAAGGACCUGGCACGUGGAUAUUGACCGUUUCAUCAACCCUUGGCUUCCAGCACCGCGGCUGCAUCGAUUGCCCCGUUCAAUCUCUCGUUUCUUGGGAUAUCGGGAGAGUCCACCGCGACCGCUGGGAAAUGUAGUGAUUGCUUUCUGGUCCUUGAUCGGAGCAUUCUGGGGUGUAGCCGUGAUCGCAGAGGUUUCCAAGCGCAUUCCUUCCUUUGAAUCUCGAGAUACACCGGCCGUAGUGGGAAGUUUUGGUGCCGCUGCUGUGAUCGAGUUUUGUGCAAUCCAAUCGCCCUUUGCGCAGCCCCGCAAUGCCUUUUUCAGUCAAAUGUGGGCAUGUUUGAUGGGCAUUGGCAUCUCGAAGCUCUUUGCUUUGAAUCCAAACGCCGAACAGUAUACAUCGCUGGGAGGAGCUCUGGCGUGUGCGCUCACCACGGCUGCGAUGUUGCUGACCGAAACCAUUCAUCCGCCAGCGGGAGCCACGGCCCUUCUGGCUGUGACCAAUAAGCAAAUGGCGAGUCUGGGGUGGUUUUUAUUCCCGGUGAUGAUCCUGGGUUGUAUCUUGAUGCAGGCAGUGGCAUUGUUGGUCAACAAUAUUCAGCGGCAGUUUCCCCUGUACUGGUGGACAUCACACCCUCUGUCCAAGCGCCAGAUCACAGAUGAGGAGAAAGAGGGAAUUCGUCGAGAGCCCGCUCCCACUAUUCCGGAUCAUUAUGAAGAGAGUCUAACCGAUGUCCCUCGACGGAUAGUGGUGGAGCGUGGAGAGAUCUUUGUGCCCGAGGGGAUGUUCCUGUCAACGGCAGAGAAGGAAAUGUUAGAGAAGAUUAGUGAAAGAAUGUAA